CCAAGCUUCGCUGCGAGAGCACACACACCAACUCCAGAAGUGCCCCUCCAUUUCUCCAUCCCGCCCACGACGUCGCGUGCCCUGCACACCGCACCACCACGCAACACACGUACGCCCGAAGCUUGGGAGAAGGGAGAAGCUCAGCACACCCUCGCCCUGCCAUUGGACAUCGUGUCACCGCGUCCCAAGGCCAUGCGCACGACAUAGCCCGCCUUCUGGUCACCGACUUCGCAUCGCCACUAUUUACCUUCCUCCCACCCUCCCACCAUGGCCGCCUCCCUGGCCUCCCUCCUCGCGCGCGCCAGCAUAGACGACCCCUCCGAGGCCCUCUCGAUCGCCGAUGCCGCCCUCGCAUCGUCCAAGUCCGACCUGACCGCCCAGCACACCAAGGUCGUCGCCCUCCUGCGCCUGGACCAGUACGAAGAUGCCCUCCGCGUCAUCGCCGCCGCCGGCACCGCCCUCGAGGAGCGCUGCAUCCUCGAGAAGACAUAUGCCCUGUACAAGACCGGCGCCCUCGACGAGGCCGCCGCCCUGCUCGAGGGCCGCGAGAUCGCCAGCGCCGACCGCCCGCUGAAGCACGUCGCCGCCCAGAUCGCAUACAGGACCGAGCGCUUCAGCCAGGCCGCCGAGCUGUACUCGCUGCUGAUGGACGACGACAGCACCGCCGUGCUCGGCGAGGACACCGACCUCGUCAUCAACCAGCUGGCCACGCACGCGCAGCUCGAGUGGCAGGGGCGGGGCGACCUGGUGCCCGACAAGAGCAAGCAGCCCAGGAGGGAGGACAUGGAGGCCUUCGAGACCGCGUACAAUGCCGGCUGUGGCUGCGUCGCGAGGGGAGACCUGGCCAAGGCAUCCAUCCUGCUCAAGAGGGCUGCGGAUCUCUGCGACGCCGCCGAGGACCUGAGCGACGAGGAGAAGAAGGUCGAGCUGCUUCCCAUCCGCCUGCAGCAGGCCUACGUCUUCACGCUACUAGGCAAGACUGAAGAGGCGACGGCCCUGCAGAAGGAGACGGAGAGCUACGAGACCUCUGAUGUCUCAAUCAAGGCGGCAGCCGGUUGGAACUCGCUGAUCGCCAAAUCCCUCGCCAACCAGUACAUGGUUCAGAGACUCUCUGAACUGAUACCCGAAGCAAAAGUCGGCAACAAUCGACUCUUCAACCACCAAGCCGUGGGCGUGACCCGCAACCUGCACGCAAACGCCUUACAGUGCUACAAGCAGAAAGAGGUCAAGAACAAGACAGCCGGCCUCCUGAAAGAGGACCCCGUACCUUCCACAGAUCUCGAACGGGUAUAUGCUGGUUACUUCAACGCCGCGGCGCAACUCAAGACCCAGACCGACAAAGGCCAAACCGACAAGGCGGCGUUGAAGAAGAUCCUUGCGGUUCUCGAGAAGAGGCCGUAUGACGUCGGCCUUCUGCUUACGGUGAUACACCUGUACAUCCAGGCCAAGAACUACGAUAGCGCGAUCGAUGUGCUCCAAAAGUUCUUCAAGUACGUCGAGUCGGCAGGGGCUAGCGACCAUGAGGACGUGCGGUACGCGCCGGGGCUUGUCGCCCUGGCCGUGGCGCUCUACCGCACGCAGAACCGACGGAAGGACAUCCGGGACGAGCUGGGCCGGGCCGCAGCAUACUGGCAGAAGAUACCCAAGAACUCGUCCACGACGCUGCUGCGGGAGGCAGGAAUAGAGCUCCUGCACUCGUCCAAGCCGUCCGACCUCGCGACCGCCGGCGCCGCCUUCGAGCGCAUGGUCGACCAGGACCCCGAGGACAGGAUCGCGCAGGCCGGGGUCGUCGCCUCCUUCGCGACCACCGACUACGCCAAGGCCGAGCCACACCUCCCGUCGCUCACCUCGGUCGAGGAGCUCACAGACGGGAUCGACGUCUCUGCCCUCCUCGACGCGGGCGUGCCCGCCUUCGCCGCCCCCCAACAAGCAGCCGGGAAGCGCAAGGCCGACGAAGCCGCGGCCGGGGCCGGGGCCGGGGCCGGGGCACAACCAUCAUCGUCGUCGGCGGACAACAACAACAACAACAAGCCCAAGAAGAGGACCCGCCUGGGCAAGAACUACGACCCCAACGUCAAGCCGGACCCGGAGCGGUGGCUGCCCAUGCGCGACCGGUCGUACUACAAGCCCAAGGGCCGCAAGAACAAGAAGAGGGCCGCCGACUCGACGCAGGGCGGCGCGGUGGCCGAGUCCGAGACGCUCAGCCUCGCCGGCGGCGCCGGGCAGAUCAAGGUCGAGAAGGCGCCGCAGGGGGGCGGCGGCGGCGGGAAGAAGGGCAAGAAGGGGAGGAAGUGAGCG